AACGAUUGAAAAUGAGUUCCAUCGAAGCUUGGUUUAGCGAUUGCGAAGAAGAGAAGGCUAGUGAUUUAGCUAUUCGAAGAAGAAGGAUUCGCGAUGCAUCCAAUCCAUUGGAUUUGCCAGAUGAAACCUUUGUACAGUACUUCCGUGUGUCCAAAGACCUAUUUUUGUACCUGCUAAACAUAUUGGAAGCUAAGAUCAAUCCACCAGUUGGGUCACAAGCCAUUCUACCAAUUUUUAAACUAUCCGUUGCCCUUAGAUUUUUUGCAGAAGGGGGAUAUCAGAGAGGAGCUGGCAACGAUUUGUUUGUUGGAAUGGCGCAACCAACCGUUUCAAAGGGGCUAAGUGAGGUACUGGAUAUAUUUGAAGCAGUUGUUUGUCCACAAGUCAUCAAAUUUCCAUCAGGAGAUAGCGAGAAGAGCAGUAUAAAACAUGCAUUCUUCCAAAAAACUGGGUUUCCCGGUGUGAUUGGGUGCAUUGACGGCACCCAUAUCAAAAUUGUAGCACCUUCAAAGGACAAACACCUGUUUUAUAACAGGAAAGGAUUCUAUAGCAUUAAUGUGAUGUUGGUAUGCGAUCAUACAUUAAUGAUUCGCUACGUUGAUGCUAAUCAUCCAGGGUCGUCUCACGAUUCGUUUGUGUUUAAUGCCAGUUCAUUAAGUAGUUACCUAAACACUAGAUACGAACGGGGUGAAAGAAAUACCUGGUUGCUAGGUGAUGCGGGGUACCCUCUUAAACCAUUUCUGAUAACACCAUAUCGGACCGGAGCAAACGAUGAAAUUGAAAAACUCAGAUUCAACGAAAAACACUCUCGGACUCGGAUUACUGUAGAGAGAUCCAUCGGUGUUUUAAAGGCAACUUUUAGAUGCACAUUGGGUGCACGAGAGCUGCACUAUGGACCAGAAAAAGCUUCUCAGAUUGUAAAUGUUGUAGGGUGAUGAGCCUAUUUGCGCCAUGUUUCUAUUAUCACCCUACCCAUUUGAAGCCGUUGGUUAGAGCAGUGUCUGCCAUCUUUGUUCAACGCAUUGAGUCAAAUGGUAGCGCAACAAUAGGGGCACUCGAUUCGAGUUUUCAUUGUGCUCAAACACGAGAAUUUUACUGUUUUCAACGCAUUUGUGUUAUUGAAUUGGUUCUUGACAACGAAGCAAAGCGGUUGAUGUCAAUUUUUACGCAUUCCAUCGAUUGUAAGGCAAGAAAUUAUCGAAUUAGCGAGGCACCUUGCUUAGUAUGGUGAAAAUAGGCUCAUAACCCUAUGUGCAUUACACAACUUACGAAUCAAGUUUAAUAUUAACUUGGACGAGGCAGUUGACAUUGAAACAGAUAACUCAUCAGAGAUCCCAUCUACUUACAAUGAUGAUGAUAGAAACGCUAACCGAAUUAGAGAUGACCUACUGAACUCAUUUAUGUAAGAGUCAAAUAGUUUCGAAAGAUUGAACU